UAAAAAUGGGUUUCCGCUAUUUCUUAUGGUUCUUGUUGUUUUGCAUGUUAUUAGGAGGACAAGUAAAGGGAGUCUUAGGCCUGGGUGUUAACUGGGGAACUCGUUUAACGCAUCCAGUCCCACCAAAAAUAGUGGUCAGGCUAUUGAAAGACAAUGGAUUUGAUAAAGUGAAGCUGUUUGAAGCAGAUCCUGGGGCACUCAAAGCUCUUGGGAGAUCUGGUAUUGAGGUUAUGCUUGGGAUACCCAAUGAGUUCUUAGCACCGCUUGCAAGCAGUGUCCGAGUUGCCGAGGACUGGGUAGCUAAAAAUGUCUCCAACUACAUAUCCAAAUUUGGGACCAAAAUAAGCUAUGUAGCAGUGGGUAAUGAACCUUUUCUUAAGACAUACAAAGACAAAUUUCUGCAAACCACAUUUCCAGCUCUCAAAAAUGUUCAAGCAGCCCUCAUAAAAGCCGGCUUAGGCCGGCAAGUGAAGGUGACAGUCCCAUUAAAUGCAGAUGUGUACCAGACCGACACUGAUCUUCCUUCUGGAGGUGACUUCCGGUCGGAUAUUCGUGCUCUCAUGAUUUCCAUGGUCAAGUUUCUCAGUGACAGUGGUUCUGCCCUCGUCAUCAACAUCUACCCAUUUCUCAGCCUCUACGCAGACCCCCAUUUUCCAAAAGAUUAUGCCUUUUUCAAUGGCAAUUCUACCCCAAUUGUUGAUGGCUCUAUCUCUUACACCAAUGUGUUUGAUGCAAACUAUGACACCCUUAUUUCAGCUCUUGAAAAGAAUGGUUUUGCAUCAAUGCCUGUUAUCAUUGGUGAAGUUGGAUGGCCAACUGAUGGUGACAUCAAUGCUAACAUAGAGUAUGCAAAAAGAUUCAAUCAAGGCUUAGUUGAUCGAAUAAUUAAAGGUCAAGGCACACCCAAGAGGCGUACUCCACCAGAUAUCUAUUUGUUUGGCCUUAUUGAUGAAGAUGCUAAGCGCAUAGAUCCAGGUAAUUUUGAAAGGCAUUGGGGUAUAUUCUAUUAUGAUGGAACUAUUAAAUAUGCUUUGGAUUUGGGCAAUGGACGAGGUCUAGUUGCGGCUAAAGGAGUAAAGUAUUUGGCUAAGGAAUGGUGUGUAAUGUCACCUCAGGCAAAUCUUCUGGACCCCAAUUUGACAAACAGUGUAAACUACGCAUGCACUUAUGCUGAUUGCACCUCUCUUGGAUAUGGAUCAAGUUGCGGUACAUUGGAUGCUAGAAGCAAUGCUUCUUAUGCUUUUAAUAUGUACUACCAGACCUUGGAUCAGCGAAAAGAUGCAUGUAAAUUUAAUAAUCUAUCAACCAUUACAAAAUUGGAUCCAUCUCGGGGUACAUGUCGAUUUGAGAUAAUGAUCGACCUUGGGACGCACGAGCUUCCUCCAUCUCGUUCUUCUUCAUUGGCUGUUGGAAGCAACCAAAUCUCACUACUCUUGGCGCUUCUUGGGCUCAUCACAUUGAUUACAUAAGUAUAACUUGGAUUGAUUUCACAACUGGAUGAAUUUUCAUGCACAUAUCACAUCCGAUUUCUAAACUAUAUCAAUUUAUUCUUCUUCUUUU